CUCAAAAUCGAACGGCAUUGGGUUCUACAACCCGAAUCCCCUUCCCACAUCAUCAAUAAUUCUCCAUUGAUCAAAAACCCUAGAAAUGCUAGCACUUCGCAAGCUCUCGACCCUAAAAUCAUCAAGAUUUCUCUCUUCUUUCGCUAUUCAAAAUCCUAUCUGCAGCUCCUCAACGAUUCCAGACGUUCCCAGUUGCACCAAUUACGAUGAACGCAUCAACAAAGCUGGCCGUGAAGGAGAUUUCACCACUGUCCACCACCUUCUUAACAAGCGCGCGCGCGAUGGCUUCUUCAACACCAACAAUACGUUCAAGUUCAUUUCCACUAAUAAUGUGUCCAUACUCGAUGAUCUAUUGGAAACUAUAGCUCGGUUAGAUAAUGGUUUCCCGAGAAAGAGCUCCUACGACUGUCUCAUUGCGCGUCUCUCGAAGAUGCACUGCAUUUCGGAGGCUAUGCGUGUUGCCAAAGUUAUGGUGAGCAAAGGUCACGAAGCAAACAAUGUCACGUUUCAUCCCAUAGUUAAUGCUCUGACGAAGAAGGAGGAAUUCGAAGAAGCCUGGCAAGUGGUGGCGGUGAUGAAAUCCUGCGGAAUUUCUCCUGAUUUGACGACGUAUAAUUUUCUGCUGACUGGUUAUUGUUUUGCUGGAAAUGUGGCAUCAGCUGCUGGUGUUCUAGCAAAGAUAGAGGAGGAGGAGCUGGGGGCGGAUACGAGGACUUACGACGCCCUGGUUUUAGGCGCCUGUAGAGCAGGGAAGUUGGAUGCUGCUUUGGCAGUGGUGAGGAGGAUGCUAGAUGAUGGGGUUCCGCCAUUGUAUUGCACACACGCCCAUAUUAUCGGAGCGUUUCUGAAGUAUAACUAUUAUGAACAAGCAGUAGAGUUUGUUAGGAGCUAUGCAGGAAGAGACGCUAAAUUGGAUGCAGAAAAUUUUGGAAUACUGGCGACCAGAUUGAUCACUCGGAGUAAAUUGGAGGAAGCUAAGAAACUGGUUAAAGAGAUGAGUGAAAGGAGAUUGGUAAUGGGUCCGAGAUUGAAAGAUUUCUAUGAAUUGUAUGUUAGAUCUGAUGGUUUGAGAUAAUUAUUGAGUAUGAAUGCAGCAUUUUUGAUAUGUAAAGACUUGGUUUUGUUGGAUGUUAUUUAAAAAGAAAAUUUCAUGGAUCAUUCAUUCGAUGACGUAUAGUUUAUGAAUUGAAUCAUAAUAAUGGAACGUUUAAUUGAUACAAAUAGUUAAAGAGAUUAACAAAAAGGAGAAUUUAUUACUGGAUUGAUUUGUCCAAAUUUAAGAUCUUUCUGGAAUGGACAGUUUUUAAAGAACAAUGUGGCUACAAACACAUUGUCCUACAUUGUCAAUAGUUUAUAAAAAGGUACCUCAAGGGAAUGCUAAAAGCAUACAAUAGUGAAAAAGGUUUUGCUCUGGUAAACAUUGAAGUGAGAGGAUACAUGAAAAGAUCUGAGAACUUGAAGCAGCAGCAAAUAAUAGAGUUGGAAAAGGGAAAUAUCUACUAAAAGGAUGUUGACGAAGGUCUAUCAGAGCUUGAAAGAUUGAAACUUUUGUCUGCAAACCCUGCUCUUGUCGCAAUGAUGUUGAACCAACCUGACUUGUAUCUUUCAAUGAGAACAUGAUCAAUUUAUCAUAUGCGAAGAUAAAGCAUCAAUGUCCUUCAACAUUACCGGAAGUGUGACAAGGUUUACAACAACAACAACAUACUAGGGAGGUGGGGCAGUCCUAUGAUCCCACAAGUGUGACAAGGGUUGAGUUGGCUGAGCCUUAGUUUGGUUUUUUUACUCCAUGAGUGCACUUACAAGGUGGGUAAUGAAAGCUGAGCAAAUAUCAAUUAAGGCUGGAACCUUGACAAUCUUAAAUUCUUCGUUAUGUUAGAUGCUUCUUGAGAUGUCAAUGUUGUUCAUACUUGUAAGUCUCAGUUUUGGCGUGGUACUUGUUUCCCUGGGAAGAAAAACUGAAGAUUGCCAUCAAAGUUGAUGCUAGGAAUACGUGAUUUGGAUUGAUCAGUUUUAUCCUAACCAGCUUGUUGGCAAAUACUGGAUACACAUGAUCUAAGAGGUCAUUGCAUGCUGGCAAGGAAUUGACAGCAUGGUUGUUAUCUCUGAGGAAAAAAACUGAUGCCGUAGUUUGCCUCUUUCCUGUCGUAUCGUUGCUGUGGCUGAGUACUAAAGCUUGGCAGGAUUCUAUCACAUGGAGUUUCAGGCACACCAUAAAAGAACUGUCAUCUUUAUACCAGCAGCUAACUGGUACACUUCUCAGUAGCUGCUGGAUAGUCGUGGAGUUAUUUCUGUGGAGCUUCAGUUAUCAAAUAUCUAAGAAAUACUUCAUAAUUUUUUCUGUUAUUGCAGUUUGUUAAGUGCUACUAGAUUAUCAUCAUAACGUAGUUUGUAUACGGAAUCUGUAUAAAUCAAGAUUAGAAAUCAAAGUUGAUGUAUAACUAUAC